AUGACCAAGUUCUCCCUCCUCAUUCUCGCCAUCAUCGCCAUCAUCGCCACCUCUGUCUCUGCUCAAAAGCCCAAGCGACUUCGACAACUUCAAACAAUGUCCCCCGUGGCCGUGAUGAUGACUCCCGUCGCUGUCCCUACCACUUCUUCAAGUGGUAGCAGCAAGAGCGGCAAGGGCAGCAGUAGUAGUAGCAGCAGCAGCAGCAGUGGCAAGGGAAGCAAGAGACAACUUGUUCACUACAAAGCCGAGUACGAGAAGUAG